CGGCCCCUCCCCAACAUGGCGGCCCGGCGCCAUCUGCCCGCGCCGGAUGGUGGGAUGGGAGGAGGGGACGGGCGCUCUUCCGCCGGGGCGGACCGGGUACCGGCGUGAGGCCUCAGCUCGGUGCAGGCGAUGGCAGCCAGUCCCAUCGUGACGUCUAAGCGGCGGGAGGAAGCGGUCCGCGGGGUCCGCACCGAGGUGGUUUGCACCGCGUUCUCCAACUCCAUCCUCGUGGUGGUCACGCAGUACGGCAAGAUGGGCACGCUCGUCUACGUGAACCCCGAUACCAUAGGGGACAACGUUGGCAGGCCUUCGCUCAGCACCAAAGUGCUGCUGGGCAAGGACGAGCCCCUCGUCCAUGUUUGUGCAAAAAACCUGGUGGCGUUCGUGUCUCAGGAAGCUGGGAACAAACCUGUUCUUCUCGCUAUGGCUUUGAAGGACAAGACCAUGGAAGGAAUACAAGCUCUACGGGAAGUGAUCCGAAGUUGCCAAGUGUGGUGAAGUUGUACCAUCUGGAUUCAAGGAAAUGAUCUGGAGUCCAUGACUCAUCGCCACUUUUUUGAGAGGACAAGAAAUGAAAAUGAUGGAAUGUCUUUGUGCUGGUUUUGGACAUGCUUAGGAAUGUGAUGAAUUUUUCUCUACUGGGUAGAAUGGUUGUGGGUUUUCUUCCUGUGACAGGUUUGCGGUCCAGAUAGUUGGUGAUGAGAUGAGAACAAUUGCCUCAGUAUUCAAGAGAAAUGUUAUAUUUGUCACCUGGGGAGGGAUGUAUAUCUGGGAAACGUCACAGCUCUGCAUUUGUGCCCGAGGAGUGAUGGAUGCCAAGCUCUGUAGCUACACUGUACCGCAAAGGGGAACACCCAGUGCAGAGUGAGUAAAAGAAACAUUGAUGAAUCUAA